UUAAAAAAUUACAAGUACGAAAUCAAACUUUACAGUUGGCUUUCUUUGGUAUGAGUACGACUUCGCACAAGUGACUCAACUGUCAAAAUACGUCAUCGUCGCAUUCACAGGCAUUACUUGUUGAGAAAAGAAACAUAGAUCGAGAUCAAGACUGCGCAUGCGCUGAGACGAAUCCGUUGGGGGCAGUGCCAUUACUGCGGGUUAGGCACCGUAGCUCGUAGUUGACAAGUCAGCGCUAACGUUUGUGAUAGCUACCUGUGGAGUUGAACAAAUUGUCUUUUUUUCCCUUCGUUUUUUGGCUUACGAUGUCGGGAAGAACCUGUUGUGUGUUCGGCUGUUACAACAGCAGUGGGAAAAUACAGAUAUGGAACAAAAAUAUAUAAGUUCACCUGCCGUUAUUACACAGCCUGCCCUGUGUAACACCAUACAUAAGCACUACACAGAUUCCCAGGGCGAGCCGAAGACCAAGCUGUUCGUCAGAAGUGGAUUGUGAACAUCAACCGAAAGGAUUUUGUUCCGAACAAACAUAUCACGAUCUUAAGAUGGCUCUUUGUGAAAAACACUAUGGGUCGCAAAGCGCCUAAGAAAAGGCUGCAAAUUACUCCAUUGGGGAAUGGGUCGGAGAAAAUGAUCACGGUUGCCUGGACGACCUCAUUGACAAGCUGCUGUGGGGAGGGACAUGUCCAUUGUCAAGCUACAUGGCAGGCACUUCAUCGUCAGUAAGUCUGCCAUCUAUUUUCAUGGCUGAGAGCGGAACACAGGUUUGAGGUUCCAGCUACUACAGCACAGCCUCAGCUCUCCACGCAGGACACGUCAGAUCUGCAUUCUCCUCAAAGACGCAAGGAAACACAAGAAAAUGGUGGACAAGGACGUAGCUGAGAAGUUCCUGGACAGCAACCCGGCCUUCGCCAAGGAGUACUACGACGCCAACUUCCGCCCGAAGGUCAUCUCGGACCUGCUGAGCGGCAAGAAGGCCCAGGUGGACAUCAGCAAGUACCAUGAUCUCAGCUCAAUUGAGGAGAGCGAGAUCAUUUUCGACCUGAUCCGCGACAUCCAGGAGGACAUCAAGAUGGAACGCGCCACCUUCAACCUGAUGAAACACAUGAGCUUCUUGCUGCGCUCUGACCGCAUGAGUCUCUUCAUGUACCGGCAGCGCAACGGCGUAGCCGAAUUGGCCACACGCCUCUUCAACGUACACAAAGACGCUACGCUGGAGGAGUGCCUGGUGCAGCCCGACAAUGAGAUCGUCUACCCGCUGGACAUAGGUAUCGUGGGCCAAGUGGCCACCACCAAGAAGAUGGUCAACGUGAAGGAUGUCACGCAGGAGGAGCGCUACAGUGACUUUGUGGACAUCCUGACGGAUUACAAGACCAAGAGUGUGCUCGCCACGCCCCUCAUGAACGGCAAAGACGUGGUGGCGGUCAUCAUGGCCAUCAAUAAGGUGGACGGGCCUCACUUCACUACUGAGGAUGAGGAGGUGUUCAAUAAAUAUCUCAACUUUGCCAAUUUGAUUGUGCGAGUCUACCAUUUGAGCUAUCUGCAUAACUGUGAGACCAGAAGAGGACAGGUGCUCCUGUGGUCCGCCAGCAAGGUGUUUGAGGAGCUGACAGACAUUGAGAGACAGUUCCACAAAGCCCUCUACACAGUCAGGGCAUUCCUUAACUGCGACCGCUACUCUGUGGGACUCUUGGACAUGACCAAAACAAAGGAGUUCUUUGACCUUUGGCCUGUGCUGAUGGGAGAGGUGCCACCCUACGAUGGACCCAAGACCCCAGACGGCAGAGAAGUCAAUUUCUACAAAGUGAUUGAUUAUAUUCUACAUGGCAAAGAGGACAUCAAAGUCAUUCCGGGUCCUCCUGCUGACCACUGGGCCUUGAUCAGCGGACUGCCCACCUACGUGGCCGAAACUGGACUGAUCUGCAAUAUCAUGAAUGCUGCUCAGGAUGAUUUUUUCAACUUUCAAAAAGAGCCUCUGGACAGCUCCGGCUGGACUAUAAAGAACGUCCUCUCGCUGCCCAUCGUCAACAAGAAAGAGGAGAUUGUCGGCGUGGCAACCUUCUACAACAGAAAGGAUGGAAAGCCAUUUGACGACAUGGACGAGGCACUGAUGGAGUCUCUCACCCAGUUCCUGGGCUGGUCCGUGCUCAACACCGACACCUACGACAAGAUGAACAAGCUGGAGAACCGCAAGGACAUUUUCCAGGACAUGGUCAUGUACCACAUCAAGUGCAGGAAGGACGAGAUCCAGAACGUCCUGAACACACGUGAGAGAUAUGGCAGAGAACCGCACGAAUGCGAGGAGUUUGAGCUCGAGGAAAUCCUGAAAGAGGUGCUUCCCGACUCAAAGAAAGCUGAGAUCUUUGAGUUUCACUUCUACGAUAUUCACCAUACGGAGCUGGAACUGGUCAAGUGUGGGAUCAGGAUGUAUUAUGAGCUGGGGGUGGUGGACAAGUUCCACGUUCCUCGAGAGGUGCUGACGAGGUUCAUGUACUCUCUCAGUAAGGGCUACCGAGCCAUCACCUACCACAACUGGAGGCAUGGCUUCAACGUAGGACAGACCAUGUUCACACUCCUGAUGACAGGUCAACUGAAGCGCUACUACACAGAUCUGGAAGCCAUGGCCAUGGUGACGGCCGGUUUCUGCCACGAUAUUGACCACCGCGGCACCAACAACCUCUACCAGAUGAAGUCUGGCAACCCCCUGGCGAAGCUGCAUGGGUCGUCCAUCCUGGAGAGGCACCAUCUGGACAUCGGCAAAACCCUACUGCGCGAGGAGACCCUGAAUAUCUACCAGAACCUUAACCGGAGACAGCAUGAGCUUGUCAUUCAUCUGAUGGACAUCGCCAUCAUCGCCACUGACCUUGCCCUCUAUUUCAAGAAGAGGGCCAUGUUCCAGAAGAUUGUGGAUCAGUCCAAAACCUACGAAGACGUGAAUGAGUGGAACAAGUAUAUGAUGCUCGAGACAACCCGGAAGGAGAUUGUUAUGGCCAUGAUGAUGACGGCGUGUGACUUGUCGGCCAUUGCUAAACCCUGGGAGGUUCAGAGCAAGGUGGCGCUGUCUGUGGCGGCAGAGUUCUGGGAGCAGGGAGACCUGGAGAGGACUGUUCUGGAGCAGCAGCCCAUUCCCAUGAUGGACAGGACCAAGGCAGCUGACUUACCCAAGAUGCAAUGCGGUUUCAUUGAUUUUGUCUGCGCUUUUGUCUACAAGGAGUUUUCCCCGCUUCCACCCGGAGAUCACGCCCAUGCUGGACCGGCUGUUGAACAACAGGAAGGAGUGGAACGCCCUGAAGGAGAUCCACGAGGCCAAGCUAGCCGCCAUAGAGGCCGAGAAGGCAGCCAAGGAGGAGGCGGCCGCCGCCAAGCUAGCUGCUGCCCAGGCCCCCCCGGCCGAUUCCAAGACCUGCUGCAUCAGCUAAACCUCCGUCACCUGUCCUGUCGUCCUCCCUCAGGCCCCUGGGCACAGCCACUGGGCACAGUCAGGACCAUCCAGACAACUUUAUCUAUCUAUUUAUCGUUAUUUAUUUAUUUAUUUAUUUAUCUAUCGCAAAUUAUCAGUUUGUUUUACUCUAAUGUUUAUUGUCUACUUACAUCUGUGGCUGAUCAUACAUACGACACACAUACAGAGAGAAAGACUGACAGACACAGAGACAGAUGUAGCCAGGCAGACAGCAAGCAGCUGUGUGUGGCGAGGCGACCAGCCAGCUGCCCUGGGGGCUGAGAGCGGGCUCUUAACUCAAGAGACAUAUUACGUGAGCUGCAACAGCAGCCGCAAGUCUAUGCAGUCGCCACUAGGGGCAGUCAAGGACCUGUGGAUCACAGGGCUUGUGUGUUGUGUUUACAGCCCUACGCUUCUCUGAAAAGGGAAUUAGAGAGAGGGCUUUAAUUGGGAUCCUUUAAUACAGAGAGCUCGUGUCUGGAGUUCUACAGCGUAAUGUACCAAGUCAGAGCCAGCGCUUCUCUUUCAUGACACGUCUGUAGUGCAGUCUGCUGCCUUCUCUGUUCCUGCCAUUAAGACUAACAUGUGUGAAUUGAUAUACACAAAUGUGUAUCACAGGGAAUUAGUAGAAUGGAUUUUGACAAAAUGGUUAUCAGAUGUAUGAUCAGAGCACAGUGUGCUGUGUAUACAUUGAGCUUUGUAAGCGCACACACAGAGGAAAUA